AUGCAGCAAGCUCAGGGCGGGGUAUCCUUUGAGGAGGUGGCUGUGUAUUUCACCCAGGGGGAGUGGGCCUUGCUGCACCCAGCCCAAAGAGUUCUGUACAAGGAAGUCAUGCUGGAGAAUUUUGGGAACGUGGCGUCUCUGGGAACCAAGAUGGUCAAACCUGGCCUCAUAUCCCAGCUGGAAGAGGAGGAAAAGCUGUUUCUCCUGAGCUCUGAUGAAGAGGAGGGACUGGCAGGGGAGAAACUAUAUAAAUGUCUGGAUUGUGGAAAAAGCUUUUUCCAGAGUGGAAACCUUACUGUCCAUCAAAGAAUUCACACAGGGGAGAAACCAUAUAAAUGCUUGGAUUGUGGAAAAAGCUUUUUCCAGAGUGGAAACCUUACUGUCCAUCAAAGAAUUCACACAGGGGAGAAACCAUAUAAAUGCCUGGAGUGUGGGAAAAGCUUCAGUUGGAAUGACAGUCUUACUUCCCAUCGAAGAAUUCACACAGGAGAGAAACCAUAUCAAUGCCUAGAGUGUGGGAAAAGCUUCAUUGAUAAUCAAAACCUUACUCGUCAUCAAAGAAUUCAUACAGGGGAGAAACCAUAUAAAUGCCUGGAGUGUGGGAAAAGCUUCACAUGUGGGAAGAGCUUCUGUGAUAGUGGAAACCUCACUGUCCAUCAAAGAAUUCACACAGGGGAGAAACCAUAUAAAUGCCUGGAGUGUGGGAAAAGUUACAGUCAGCAACACAACCUUACUGUCCAUCGAAGAAUUCACACAGGGGAGAAACCAUAUAAAUGCUUGGAUUGUGGGAAAAGCUUUUUCCAGAGUGGAAACCUUACUGUCCAUCGAAGAAUUCACACAGGGGAGAAACCAUAUAAAUGCCCAGAGUGUGGGAAGAGCUUUAGUGACCGUGGAAGUCUUACUGUCCAUCAAAGGAUUCACACAGGGGAGAAACCAUAUAAAUGCCUGGAUUGUGGGAAAAGCUUCAGUGAAAAUGGGAGUCUCACUGUCCAUCAAAGAAUUCACACAGGGGAGAAACCAUAUAAAUGCCUGGAGUGUGGGAAAAGCUUCAGUGAUAAUCAAAAACUUACUCGUCAUCAAAGAAUUCAUACAGGGGAGAAACCAUAUAAAUGCCUGGAGUGUGAGAAAAGCUUCAGUUGUAAUGGUAACCUUACUACCCAUCAAAGAAUUCACACAGGGGAAAAACCAUAUAAAUGUCUAGCAUGUGGGAAGAGCUUCUGUGUUAGUGGAAACCUCACUGUCCAUCAAAGAAUUCACACAGGGGAG